AAUGUUAUUUCUUUUUGUGGUGUAUGUGUACAAUCCUAAAUUGUACUUAUAUAUGUGUUAGUAAGUUAAAUGGCGUUUCGUGAAUAGAUACGUAUUUUAACAAAAUAUCAUAUAAUAAAAAGAAUUCAAAGACUUUUUCAUAUUUUGAGUGAUUCAGAAAUACGCUAGAUUUUUAAAUAUGCGAUCAGUAGUAGAAAUUGGGGCUAGUGUCCCAGCUUUUUUGGGAAAAUUGUGGAAAUUGGUUAAUGAUUCAGAGACCAAUCAUUUGAUUUCAUGGAGUCCUGGCGGGAAAACCUUUGUUAUAAAAAAUCAGGCAGAUUUUGCUCGUGAACUAUUGCCUCUUUAUUAUAAACACAACAAUAUGGCGAGCUUUAUUCGACAAUUAAAUAUGUAUGGUUUUCACAAAAUAACAUCUGUCGAAAAUGGCGGAUUACGAUAUGAAAAAGAUGAGAUAGAAUUUUCUCAUCCAUGCUUCAUGAAAGGUCAUGCUUACCUUUUAGAACACAUAAAAAGAAAGAUUGCUAACUCUAAAGCAAUAGUCGCUAGUAAUGAAAAUGGCGAUAAAAUGAUUGUGAAACCUGAGUUAAUGAAUAAAGUAUUAGCGGAUGUGAAACAAAUGAAAGGUAAACAAGAGAGUCUUGAUGCUAAGUUUAGUGCAAUGAAACAAGAAAAUGAAGCAUUAUGGAGGGAAGUAGCAAUUUUGAGACAGAAACAUAUCAAACAACAGCAAAUUGUAAACAAUUUAAUACAAUUCCUGAUGUCCCUUGUGCAACCAGCUAGACCUGGGCCAAAUGGAGGUGGAAAUAAUGCUGGUGUAAAAAGGCCCUACCAAUUAAUGAUUAAUAGCGCAGCGCAUAAUUCCAAAGAUAGUUCAUAUUCAACUACCUUAAAAAAUAUGAAAAUUGAUAAGGAUGUAUUGGAUGAUUUAAAUGAAGAUAAUAUGGAGGAUGGCCCAACAAUUCAUGAAUUAGCUCAUGAUGAUGCAUUACACAAUGAAGCUUCACAGGAAUCAUUUCACCCUGCUGCAUUUGUUUCAGUUGAUUUAGCUAAUAGUCCUAAUAUAUCUAAUGCAAACAAUAGUGCAGAUCCUUUAACAUCCACUCAGUAUCAUGUUACAUUGGAAGAUGGAGACGAUACUGAAACAGAUCGUACAAGAUUAGCAUUUCCCAUAAUACAUUCAAAUGGCUUCUUAAGGAUACCUGAUAAUGCACCAAUAGUUACAUCACCCUCCCCUACAAUGGCAUCUACAUCUCCAAUAGGUCUGCCAGUCAUGGAACAAGUUAUAAACAAUGUGAUUACACCAUCUGCUAGCACAUCUAAACCAAAGACGAGAAGUGCAAGCAAAAAUGUGUCAACAAACCAUAAAAGCCUUCUGUCUCCCAGCAGCUUUAAUUCCAUGAAUCCAUCAGCUGACUUUAAGCUUCCAGCUGAAAUAUUUGCAAGUGAUGACUCAGUGAGUGACACAGGAGUGAAUGUGCCAGAAGAUAUAACAUCAUUACAAGAAUCCAUCCUUGGAGGGGAUCAAGCCCUUUCCACAUCAAAGGAUAAAAUGUUAGGAGGCAUUAACAUAAAAGUGGAGAAACCAACUGAAUUUGUGAAGACAGCAAAGAAAUCUAAAAAAUCAAAGGAUAAUAGCAAUACAUGUAAUUUGAAUCUAGCAGAUAUUAAGACUGAACUUCAGGAUGAUUUUGACUGGAAUCAAAUGACUCUAGCUACUAUCAAUAACAAUACAAAUAGGUUACAGACAGUGUAUAGAAGAGAUAACAAUCAAAAUAGGGAAGAAUAUUCUUCCCACUUUGGAUCACACUCAAACAAAAAUGACAUCGAUGACCAUUUGGAUACAAUGCAAACAGAUUUGGAGUCCCUACGAGAACUGCUUAGGAGUGAUACCUAUGCCGUAGAUACCAACACUUUAUUAGGGCUUUUUGGAUCAGAUGAUCCUUUCUAUGGACUCUCUUACAAUGCAUUGGAUGAUCGGAAUAAAACUUGUAACAAUGCAAAGAAGCUGAGAGGUGAGAUUUCGAAUGUACGCAGUGACGACGCUCGCGCGCCGAGCCCCUUCACUGAGGACGACGCUGAGGAGAAUCAGCUUAUAUCGUAUACAGGAAAUAUUCCAGACUUUGAGGAUAUUAGUAUACCAGACUUUGAAGGGGAGAAUUCUCAGGAGGCGUGCUUAUCUCCGAGUCCGAGCCCGAGUAGUGCUACAUUAAAUACGCCGCAAGUUGAACUUCGGUCGCCUCACUACUCUGUAAGACCAUGAGGAAAGGUCAGGCGUCGUAAGAAGAAAUAACCAUUUAUUAUAUUUAGGAUUUACUUUGUCAAUCUUUCACGGAAUUGUAAGUUUACAAGUUAAUCUUAGUAUAAUAAAUUGUACUAUUGCCAUUUAUAAAGUAGUUUGUGGUGAAACGUGGCUACGUUACAAAUAUGCAUAAAAUUAUGUACUCAAGACAAAGCCUAAUUAGAAAGAAGUUGAAAAAUUUAAAACGAGAAAUGAGAUGAUAUACAUAUAAAUAAAUGAGAGAAUAGAGUUAGGUUAGUGACAAAUGUUAAAGGCUAAUGAGAAUUAACUUUUACUGGAAUUUCAUGUGACAUUGUUUGAUCAGUUUGAGGAUAAGGCCAAUAUACUAAUAAUAAUAAAGCAAUGGACAUUUACUUGCAUUAAAGUUGUGUUUAUCAUCUCUAUUUAUUUUUAUCUAACUCGUUUGUUUUCUUUUUAUAAACAGUAAAAUUGACUCGAAUUUAAAGUAAAAUGAACAUGCUAUUAAUGUUGUACUAGAGUUUUAAGAUAAGCAUUUAAUAACUGUAAACUUAAACUGUUAUAAAUACCAAUUUCUAUAAUCUGAUAUAGAGUGCUUUUAAA